GGGCUGCUGCUGCUGAGCGCCGCGUGCCUCAUCCCGCCGAGCGCGCAGGUGAGGCGGUUGGCGCGCUGCCCCGCCACUUGCAGCUGUACCAAGGAGUCCAUCAUCUGCGUGGGUUCCUCCUGGGUGCCCAGGAUCGUGCCUGGCGACAUCAGCUCCCUGAGCCUAGUCAAUGGAACCUUUUUGGAAAUCAAGGACCGGAUGUUUUCCCAUCUGCCUUCCCUGCAGCUACUACUGCUGAAUUCUAACUCCUUCACAGUGAUCCGCGAUGAUGCCUUUGCUGGCCUCUUUCAUCUCGAAUACCUGUUCAUUGAAGGGAACAAAAUAGAAACCAUUUCAAGAAAUGCCUUUCGGGGCCUCCGUGACCUGACUCACCUUUCUUUGGCCAACAACCACAUCAAAGCACUUCCAAGGGACGUCUUUAGUGAUUUAGAUUCUCUGAUUGAACUAGAUUUAAGGGGUAAUAAGUUUGAAUGUGACUGCAAAGCCAAAUGGUUGUAUCUAUGGCUGAAGAUGACAAAUUCCACUGUGUCUGAUGUGCUGUGUACCGGUCCGCCAGAGUACCAGGAGAAGAAGCUCAACGAUGUGACCAGUUUUGACUAUGAGUGCACCACCACAGACUUCGUCGUUCAUCAGACUCUGCCCUACCAAUCAGUGUCAGUAGACACGUUCAACUCCAAGAAUGAUGUGUACGUGGCCAUCGCUCAGCCCAGCAUGGAGAACUGCAUGGUCUUGGAGUGGGACCACAUAGAAAUGAAUUUCCGGAGUUAUGACAAUAUCACAGGCCAGUCCAUCGUGGGCUGCAAGGCCAUCCUCAUCGACGACCAGGUCUUUGUGGUGGUGGCCCAGCUCUUCGGUGGCUCUCACAUUUACAAAUACGACGAGAGCUGGACCAAGUUUGUCAAAUUCCAAGACAUAGAAGUGUCUCGGAUUUCCAAGCCCAACGACAUCGAGCUGUUUGAGAUCGACGACGAGACGUUCUUCAUCAUCGCCGACAGCUCGAAAGCCGGCCUGUCCACGGUUUACAAGUGGAACAGCAAAGGGUUCUACUCGUACCAGUCUCUGCAUGAGUGGUUCAGGGACACGGACGCCGAGUUUGUUGACAUCGACGGGAAGUCACACCUCAUCCUGUCCAGCCGCUCCCAGGUCCCCAUCAUCCUGCAGUGGAACAAAAGCUCAAAGAAGUUUGUCCCCCACGGUGACAUCCCCAACAUGGAGGAUGUCCUGGCUGUGAAGAGCUUCCGGAUGCAGGACACCCUCUACCUUUCGCUCACCCGUUUCAUCGGGGACUCCCGGGUCAUGCGGUGGAACAGUAAGCAGUUUGUGGAGGUCCAGGCUCUUCCGUCCCGGGGGGCCAUGACCUUGCAGCCCUUCUCCUUCAAAAAUAACCACUACCUGGCCCUGGGGAGCGACUAUACCUUCUCACAGAUAUACCAGUGGGAUAAAGAGAAACAGCAGUUUAAAAAGUUUAAAGAAAUCUAUGUGCAGGCUCCCCGGUCUUUCACAGCCGUCUCCACCGACAGAAGAGAUUUCUUUUUUGCAUCCAGUUUCAAAGGGAAGACAAAGAUUUUUGAACAUAUCAUUGUUGAUUUAAGUUUGUAAAAGGUGUGAUUGGGGGGAAUUUCAAAGAUGUGUAGUGUUAGCUCUCGCGCGCGCGUGAGGGGACCACGAAGAAAUAAAAUUUAAAAAAAAACAUCAUAAAAUAAGCCAGACUCAGAGCUCUGAAAUUAAAAUUCAUAAUGCACUGGGGAAGUAGUUAGACAUUUUCAAACUUUUAGGAUUCACAUUUUAACCAGGGAUUGCAUUUUUUUUUUUGGCUGACUGCAUGACAGGCCCAUGCUGCUGUUUAAAUAUGACAUCUUAAAGCCUGUAAUUUCUGAGAAAAGAGUGCAGCAUCUUACCAUCUAGCAAACAGCGUGCUACUACUUUAUUUUCAACGAGAAAGGAGAACACCGAGCAAGAAGGGCCAGCCCUUUUAGUGAAAUACAAAACCAAAACGCUCUCUCCCCACUAAGCCCCCAGACCUGCCUCAUCCCAUCUUCACAAUCUUUCAGCUAAGAGCUGUAAAAGCCAAAGUGAGCUGAAAAGAUUUACUGAUCCUUCGUUUGAACAUCUCAGAACACUUCGCAGUGCUAUUCUGAGCCAUCCUAGUUUCCUGAAAGUCAGGGCCAGUCUUCCGGCAUCUUCCUGGGAGCAGAACCUUGGCUCUGCCCUCGUUUGGAUCGAUCCCCCUCAUUGAGUGUGUUCCCAGGUUAAUAGUUGAUAUCGCUUCCUCUGCCACAGAGAAAAUAUUCUGGUGACACAUGUCUAGGGCAGCCUGGGCUGUGGGUCCAGCAGCAGCAAGAUAAAGGGGUUUCCCCGUUUUUUUUUUCUUCUGGUGGUUCAGAGGUGACCCUCGAGGUGGCUGGAGCAAUCAUGCGUGUCUGAUGUACGCUGUUGCUCACUUGCGUCUCUGAACCCAUCCUUUUAGUUUGUGGGUAACUGGCAGACGGGCCAGAGUCUGAGCGGUGUUUUUCAUCUGUCCUUUGGAGGGAUGGAACAGGUGUUUCUAUCCACUGCUCGCUGGGGAGGGCUUUUGAAGUGCGAUUGUACGGAGUCAGAGGGGACUUUACUCAGAUCUUGAUGCGCUUUGAGGCUCAGAGGGGGCCCUUUGAUUGAGGCAUGUCUUUGCCCUCUGGACGACUUAGUAUUUCAAGUAAUUGGUUGAAUGGAAGCCUGCCUCCCUGCCCACCUGCCUCCCUUGCUCCUGGAACAGGGCUUUGUUGAGUCUCAGUGAUAACAGUGGCUGGCUUGUGCAAGCCUGCUGCAGUUUCUGCACGUGCAAACGUCCAAAUCCCAGCGUGGCUGCUGUCGACAGGGGCACACCUCCUUUUUCUAGCACACUAGGAAGGGAAGCUUGGUCAUGUGUUAGUGGUGGGGCAUCCUGUAGAGGGUCAGGACAGACCAGCAUCUUGUAGACCGUAUCUGUGCUCGGGACCAGGUGGCCUAUUUCAAACCAGGCCUCCCACUGGGGACAGCAGGGAGGCUCUUGGGGGUCUGGUUUUGUCGGUGGUUCCAUGGUGGAUUUCUAAGUAGCUGGUUCUCUUUGAGAAUAUAAGGCAGAUGCUUUUUAGGGGAGCCCUUUGCAGAGUAACCCACUACAUCUCUUCCAGCCAUGAAGGUGGCAUAAUCCCACUGCAGUGUGCUGCGGAGUUCGAACCCUCAUCACCACCCUGUAGAUAGGUAGAGGGGGUGUCUGAAAUGUGAAUGUGUCUGUCCUUCUCUGUAAGCGGCAGGGACUGAUCGAUAGACACACCACACUGGAGAGCUGCGUAUGGAUGGUAAUCAGCGCUCCUGGCUGCUGUUUCCAGCCUAGGGGACCAAGGACUUUAAUGAACCCUGUCACUCACACUCUCUAGUGUGGUUGCUUGGAACUUUGGUGCUAAAUGCCAAGCAAACAGAAGGAGUGGUCUGCUCUAACUUUCUAAGCAUAAGUGGCUCUUUCUUUGCAUUCUUUUGUCUUCUGGAUUCAUUUGAACUGAUCACGAGUCCCCAGCUCUCCAUGUUGGAGACUGAAGGCAUGAUGUUUCUGCUCUUCCUUCCCCUGGAGAACAGGCGAGCCAUGCCCCCCCACUCCCCAGGCAUGGGUCCUCCAGACAGGCUGAUAGCACUGAUGUCCUGCUGCUCAGAGAGGAACCCACGGGGCAUCUUUCAGAGUGCUGCCCCCACAGAGCCUGGCACCAGCUGUUCUGUGGAGUCAGGGACUUGCCGUGGCCUCACAGAGAGAAGUCAGGGACGUGGCUGUUGCAUAGAGUUUGGAAAGUCACGAUACAUGGGGGUUUGAGCUUGGGAUGGGGGCUUUGUUACACCCAGAAGAAGCAUUUGAGUAGCCGCAAAGGUCCGUAGUAGGUGGUGGGGCUGGGGUACGAGAGGACUGGCCAUUCUCUCUGCUUCAGUCAGGUUUCCUUGUUCUUUUAAAAAUAAGUUUAUUCAAGAGUCUGCAGUCUUCUGCGUUCUGUGCUGUGCGGGGAGAUAUUUGUUCUGGCCAACGCAGCGAAGGAGCAGAGAUGUUCUUGGCAUAAGGUGGGGGAGCUUUGCUUCAUUAAUCUUACUGCUCUCUCCCAAGAAUCCCUGAAGUUUUAAGCAAUUUCUGUAAAAGGCUUUCUUCCAGUAAUGAUGUAAAAUAACAAAACCCACCCACACAACCAUGACAAAAGCCCAAGGCAGAGAAAAGCAUAGGACUGCCCAGCCGAGGGGGAUUGCUCCCUCCCUCCCUC